AUGGUAGUUGCUCAUGAAACAAAGAAGAAAACCAUGUCCAAUCAGAAAGCAAAAAGACACAAGCCUGACGAACAUGGUAACGAUAGUCUUGUUAACCCAUAUCAAAAUUCGAUGAUUUCUUUUGAUAUACCCGGUGACAUUGUGGAGACUAUCAUCACUUUCUUUCCAGUCAAACAAGCAGCGAGAUCAAGUCUUCUUGCAUCGAGAUUCAGAAAUACUUUGAAGUACAUCAAAAGCUUGAUCUUUGAUAAGGAAUUCGCUCGAGGGUACCACCGUGGAGCACUUGUCUCCAUCAUCGACCAAAUCUUUCGUCACCAUGAAGGAUCAAAAAUCAAAUCAUUUCGUCUUUUCAUAUAUCCAACUGAAUCCAUCAUUCCAACCAUUGAAUCAUGGAUCAAACAAGCGAUAGCAAAAGAUGUUGAAGAGAUUGAACUGGAUUUUUCCAGUGUAAGCACCAUUCCAGUCCUCUCUUCAGAUUGGGUUGAUUCUGGAAUAACUUUAACAAGUCUGACAAUCAACAAUUGUGAAUUCAAUCCGCACUUAUCAGAGCUUAAAAACUGGCAUCUCUUGAAGAAUGUUGUUCUGAAAUGUGUGGAUGUGAAUAUACAAUUCAUUGGGGCUUUAUUCGACUGUUGCAUUCUUCUGGAGAACCUGGAAAUAAUUCACUGCUAUUCUCUUAAUAUUGUGUAUAUUAAUGCGACGAAGCAGAAAUGGCUUAGAGUACUGAAAUUUGGGGAUUGUGAAAACUUGGUGGAUCUUGAAAUUAAUGCCCCAUCUCUGAAAUCAUUUUACUACAUUGGAAACCCUAUUUACCUCAAACUUAAUAAUGUCGCCAAGUUGGAAGAUUUUCUGCUCACUAUGAAUUCAGCAAAACAUCUUACGCAACCUUUUAAACUGAUCGGGCUUGUUUAUGAUCUAUCUUAUCUUAAGGUUCUCUCUACCACCAGUAUAUUUCUUGAGCUGAAUAGCUUCAACUUCGUCCGCACAACUUAUUGGGAGCUUCAUCAAAAGAAUGAACUUGAUAGACUUGUUCCGAAUCUAUAUACGAUCAAGUUUAUCAAGAUAUUAGGUUAUAAAUUUGAUGAACAUGAAAUAGAAUUAGUGUUGUUUUUUCUGAGGAAGACAAUCAACUUGGAGAAUUUAGUUCUUGUAACUCCUAAGAAAGAUGCUCUGAAAAUUGAUGUCAAUCGUGCAUACUAUUACCGCAGGCUUUUUUAUUUCUCGAGAGUAUCGAAACAAGCUCGAAUACUUCUUUACGAGUCUUCCAACGAUGUUGAAACUCCUCGUCCGAUGCAUACAAAAACUUGGUUUCACUCACUUUGGGCUUCCAAGUAA